AUCUGAUCUGAUCUGUUUGGAUCGGAUUUCUACAGUUAAACAUUUGUACAGUUCAGCUUUGUAAUAAUUUUAUUACAUUCUAACAAAAGAAACACGUAAUUGUAAAUAAAACAGCGUCCAGCUGCGUCGUGGUUUAGUUUCAUUUAGAAAGAGUUUAGUGUUUGUUUUGGAGCUUGUUUUCUGUGACGUCUGAUGUCAGCAGUCUGAUUUUGCAGCAGUUGCAGUUUCCAUGUUCAUUUUUCUGAUGUUGGUUCCUUUCCAUGAGCAUUUUGUGUGUGUGUGUGUGUGUGUGUGUGUGUGUGUGUGUGUGUGUGUGUGUGUGUGUGUUUUCAGAUGGAUGACGAAGGUUACGUCCUCAGUAUCCCUGUCCCGAUAAUGCGGCACGGAGGCUCUGACUCGAACCUUUACUCCUCGACUGACCUGCAGCAGAAGAUCCUGAAGGCAAAGGAGCAGCUGAGGGUGGAGCGCAUGGAGCAGGACGACAACGUGGCCGAGUUCCUCAAGCUGGUCAACAUGGCCGAUAAGCAGCAGGUAGGGAGAAUCCGGCAGGUGUUUGAGAAGAAGAACCAGAAAACUGUGCACAACAUCAACCAGUUACAGAAGAAACUGGAGCAGUACUACAAACGCAUGAAGGAGAGCGAGAACAUCAACAACAACAAUGGGGCUUCCAAGAACAGCAGCCCUAAAGACGCUGCUAAAGAUCAGCUGAAGGACGUUCCCAAGGACACGUCAAAGGAAGUAAGCAGCAGCGGGCGCCAUCACUGCCUGGACAGAUUAAAGCCCAGCGCUGCCACGGUGCUGCUCACACCACCGUCCUUCUUCAACAAGCCCAGAGAGUUCGCCAAUCUCAUCCGGAACAAAUUCGGCAGCGCAGACAACAUCACACAGCUCAAGACCUCUCUGGAUGAAGGUGGAGGCCGGAUGCUGAGCGGGAGCGCCACCGUCGUGGGCCAAGCGAAGUUCCACAGUGACGAUGAUGAGUGCUCCACAGGAACCUCGGCUUCAGCAGACAGUAACGGAAAUCCUGCAGUCCACAAACAUGACCACAGCAUUGACAUGAUGCUGGAGGAGCUUCAGGAGAUCCGUCAGUCCCAGUUCCAAUUUGCUGAAGACAUGAAUCAUCUGAAGGAGAACAUAAAUGGAGACAGCUUCCUCACACAGAGGCUCGAGGAUGAGAGAGACAGGGUGGAGCGUCUGGAGGAGCAGCUCAACGAUCUGGUUGAACUUCACCAGCAUGAGAUGGUGAAUCUUAAGCAGGAGUUAGCCAGCAUUGAGGAGAAAGUGGCCUAUCAGGCAAAUGAGCGAGCCAGAGACCUGCAGGAGGUGUUGGAGUCGUGUAACUCCCGGCUGUGUAAGUUGGAGCAGCAGGUGCAGUUGGUCCAGGUGGAGACCGAAGUUGUGUUUGGCCGUAAGCUGCUAGUUAAAAUCAUUAACGUGCUGCUUGCUGUCAUUACUCUGCUGCUGGUGUGUGUUUCCACGGUGAUGCGCUGCAUCAAGGCCGGAGUCCAGAGCCGCACGCAGCUGCUGGUUACAGUGUUCAGUACCGUGCUGAUCGCUCUGGUCUGGAGGAGCUACGAGAGUCUGAACACUAAAACAGAACUGCAUCUGCAUUCUCACACAAACACUGCACUCUGAAAUAAACUGAACCUAAACCUGAACUAAAAUAAACUGAACCUGAACCUAAACCUGAACUAAAAUAAACUGAACCUGAACCUAAACCUGAACCCAAACUGAACCAAACUGAACUGAACCUGAACCCAGACCUUAAACUCUUGUGCCGACCUUUAAGAGUCACUCCUGUUUGUUGAUUCUGAAUCAGUGUGAAAUUGAUUCAGUUGGUUCAUUUGUUAUUUUAUUCAAUUUGUGAAUUAUUACACAAAAUAUCAGGAGGGUUACAGCAGUAAAUACGAUCAAAACUGUAGAAAAUUCUAUACAGCUUUAAAAUGUUACACCUUUCUUUCUGUCUCAGUACUUUGGCUCAGUUUCUCAUCAGGCAGCACGACUGAAACACGGCAUGAUCCGUUCACAUCAACUUAGUCUGAUCUCUUUCUCAUCAGACAACCUCACUGCACUCCACACGAGUGUGUUCUCACCUGCCGACAGAACCACACACACACACACACACGUGCACACACACACACACUUUACACUGGUGUAAAUGUGGAUUCACAGAAGGGGAAAAACACACUGUACUGUAACUUUAUCUGUUUGACCUGUGAAACUAGAAACCUGAUGGAAAACAAAACAAGGAGGAAUUUGUGAUUCUUUGUGGAUAAACUGGUUGUGCAGUUGUGUGUGUGUGUGUGUGUGUGUUUAUAGGCAUUAGGUAUUUUGGGUAUUAGUAUUUUACAUUUUAUUGAUGUUUUUUUAUUUGAUGUUUUUUUUUCAUUGAUAAAAGUUUAAAAACUGCUGAACAAUUUUUGAACUUUUUUUCAAAGUUUGAAUCAUUUUAUUAAAUUAUUAAUUUAAUUUAACUUUAUUGUGUCGUGUAAAUAAACUUCAGUUACCAAUAAAAUGUUUUAUCAGUUAGCGUGGAGUGAGACGCUGACCUUCAGGUCUUAUUCAGGUUUGUUUGAUGCCGUUAUCUUCCAGCUGCUCUUCAAUCUAGUCACCCAGUUCCCUGAUGUAUGUACACACUGACUGUCCUGAUGUCCUGAGUCACUGACAGCUCACCAGGUUUGGGGUGUAGUUUUAUCACUGACCACAUGGAGGCGCUGUGUGUGUAACAGGAGAGAAGUGCUGCACUAGAACAGAGGCACUUCUUGUGACUGAUGUUUUGAGAAGAAAAUCUCAAACAAACCUGUUUAGGAUCUGAAAGAGUAUUAAAUAGAUUCAUAUAUUAAAUAGGACUUUUUAUUGGAUUCUCACCAAAUAAUCAACAACAACAACAAAAAAAAGAGAAAUAAAGGAACAUCCACAAGAACAGUGUUCUUCAGCUGGGUCUCACGGCGGCACACUCGCUCCUGAUCACUGGAAUAUCUGAGACACUUAAACAUGCUUCUGACACUGUAUAAGCUUAACGCCUUUGGGAUUGAGAGACGUGUGUACGUUUUCUAGCAGUACUGAGUGCAUGAAGAUGUUCUGACCUC